AAGUAACUCACAAAAGCCUUUUGAGACAGCACCUCGACGGGGAACACAUUUUGGAACUUUAGUCAUAUGUCUACCUUCUGCCCAUCAAGGUAAUUGAAGUCAUUUAGAUUGAAUUGGUACCUUUACUGAUAGGUAAUUAGGCGGAGAACAACUAAUACACCACCCCACUCCACAAUUCAACCCCUCAUUAUCACCUCCCCAAACACGACCACAUACCACACUCCUUCCCACCGCUUCCCUGAACCCAAUGAUCACCUGGUCCGCCUUUCCUCGGACUACCUCACAUUCCAUACUACCUGUCACUUGUGGUCAUCUCAUAACAUUAACAUAUAAUCUCUAUGUAACCGAAGCGGUAGGAGGGAUUCUGCAGAGAUAUCCAAUCGCGGAUCCGAGGUUAUAUCCAUUAUUCAAAAUGAUCAAGGGUUUACUGGGUGACAGCCAUUUCAUGCCUGAUGGUAUGUUACUCCUCUUAGGAUCCUCGCGAUAUCACAUGGAACAAGAUACUAACGAGUAUUCUGAAAAGGAGGAACACUAGGUCAACACUGCAUCCACACAUACUCCCACACCCGACGCCAAACCCAACACCAUAUGCCCUACUCCCUCCUCGGCACAGACGCGAUCCUUUUCUCCGUCUUCCAUGCCCUCGGAUUGAAAACCAUGGUUGCACCCGUCCUCGGCGACGAAGCUUGGGACGAGUGGACGCAGAUCCGAGAGGAGAAACUAUUUCGCAAGAUUUACGAGGAUGGAGAGAUGGAAGAGAGAGCUCGAGCGAAGCGAGAGGAAAGUGACGACGAGAUGGUUGACGAAGAAGAUGAAGGGGAAGGAGACAGCGAGGAUGAUGGAGAAGGAGAAAGCGAGGAUGAAUUCGAGGAUGGUGAGGAAACGGCGAGGGUGGGGAAGGGGUGGUGGAGGUUGAAGAUGGUUGCGGAGGGAGGGGAGUGCGAGGAUGGGAUUUUCAGGACAGGAAAGGAUCCCACUAGUGUAAGUUAUUGGCUUCUCCUCCCCUCUUAUUCCAUACGCUUCUUUCUUCGCCUCCAAAUCCAAGCCAAACUAACCCACUACCAGUAUAUCAACAAGCACUACCCCCUCCAUGCCAUCUCACCCAUCACCUGGCUCAACGAAUCCACCCCAAACGGCUGGGAAAUCGCAAUGGUAAAUCUGAAAUCCUCUUCUCAAGCGACGCCCAAACCUACUCCGACUACCAAGGCGAAGGAAGUAGAAGGUGCUGGGAAAGAGACGAGAGAGUUGAUGUGGCAGUAUUCACAUGCUGCGAUAUUUGUUGAGAUCCCGCCUUUUGGGAAGGGCGUUAGGGGUGGGAAAUAGAUGCGUGAUAGGAUAGGUGUGGUUCUGUUUCUUGUAUUUGGUUUUCUGUUGUGUUUGAAGAGUCGGACUUCUUUUUUCUUCUUCAUUUUUGCUAGACUUGGCAAUAGCUGUAUUUUCUAUACUGUACUUUGUACUUCUCUAUUUUUUCUUGCUAGUAUUUACUGUUUAGCGAUAUACCCAUUCAUUCCCUUUUCUUUCAUGAAAUUUGAUAGACAUACAGUAGAUAUCGACAUAGAUAUAGAC